AUGGCGGACGACAUCACGCCUCUGGCUUCGCUCUCCUUGACCCACGUGUACUAUAACCCCGACGACUCGAUAUCCUACAUCUGCGCAUGGCUUGCGCUCGUACCACAAGCACUAUGCGUCGUGUACGCGACGCUGAUCUGGAGCACGCGCGAGGCCGAGGUGGCGCUCAUGUUCGCGGGCCAGCUGGCGUGCGAGGGCGUCAACUUUGCGCUCAAGCGGCUGAUCAAGGAGGAGCGCCCGCGGCGCAUCCACCGCACCGGCGGCAAGGGCUACGGCAUGCCGAGCUCACACGCCCAGUUCGCCUUCUUCUGGGCCGUCGCGGUCGCGCUGUUCCUGGUGGCGCGCCACCGGCCGCGCCUCGGCCAGCGCCAUAAUAGGAGUCUUGCUGUCGCGGCUGCGGCGACGACGACGACGAGUGUGCAGGGGGGCGGGGUGAAGGAGAAUGGCUGUGCGUCUCUGCUCCCUGGCCAGCAGCAACAGCAGCAACAGUCUAGCGCUGCGAGCAGGCUGGCGGCGCUCAACGCCGACAUUGAGCGGUACGCGCACGAGCCGUGGUCUUUUGUGCAGCGGGCGCUCGUCAGCGCCGUGGCGCUGGCGCUGGCCGGGCUGGUGGCGUGGAGCCGCAUCUACCUGGGCUACCACACGGAGAAGCAGGUGCUGGUGGGGUGCGCGGCCGGCAGCCUGAGCGCCGUCGGCUGGUUCCUCAUCACGUCGCUGGCGCGCCAGAUGGGCCUGCUGUCGUGGGCGCUCGAGCUGCCCGUGGCGCGCUGGUUCCGCCUGCGCGACCUGGUAGUCGAGCAGGACCUGUGCCAAGCCGGCUGGGAGAGCUGGGAGCGCCGGAGGCAGCGAAGGCUUGCCCAAGAGCAGCAGCAGCAGCAGCAGCAGGCCAAGAAGAAAACCACAUGA